AUGGCUUCUAAAAGAAACAACAUUAUACCAAAUGGCCAUUUCCACAAGGAUUGGCAGCGCAUGGUCAAAACAUGGUUCAACCAGCCCCUGAGAAAGAAACGGAACCACGCAGCAUGUGCCAAGAAAGCUGCAGCGAUCGCAGCACAACCAGUUACCGGUCUCCUGAGGCCUAUUGUCAGAUGUCCUACCUUUAAGUACGACACCAAGAUCAGGUUUGGACGUGUCAACAAAAAAGUUGCACGCACCAUUGGCAUCUCUGUGGAUUACCACAGACGAAGCAUGUCUAUUGAGUCCCUCCAGCAGAACCUACAGCGAACGAAGGAGUACAAGACCAAGCUGAUUAUCUUCCCACCCAAGGAGGGCAAACCAGUGCUGCCACUAGAGAUCAGGUUCAAACCCGAGAAGGCGCGUUUACCUACUGAGGAUGAGCGUAACCACAACUCUUGUGUUGCCCUGCGACAAGCACGUAUCAACGCCAAGCUGGUUGUGUAA